AUGGCCGCCAGCUCUUCCCUCGACCACCUGAGCAACCGCAUGAAGUUGGAGUGGCACUCCAAGCUCAACACUGAGAUGGUGCCCUCCAAGAACUUCCGCCGCACCUCUAUCAUCGGCACCAUCGGCCCCAAGACCAACUCCGUGGAGAAGAUCAACUCUCUCCGCACUGCCGGUCUUAACGUUGUUCGCAUGAACUUCUCCCACGGUUCCUAUGAGUACCACCAAUCUGUUAUCGACAACGCCCGUGAGGCCGCCAAGACCCAGGUCGGACGUCCUCUCGCCAUUGCUCUCGAUACCAAAGGUCCCGAGAUCCGUACCGGAAACACCCCCGAUGAUAAGGAUAUCCCUAUCAAGCAGGGCCACGAGCUCAACAUCACCACCGAUGAUCAAUAUGCCACCGCCUCCGAUGACAAGAACAUGUACCUCGACUACAAGAACAUCACCAAGGUGAUCUCUCCUGGCAAGCUCAUCUAUGUUGAUGACGGUAUCCUUUCCUUCGAGGUCAUCGAAGUCGUAGACGACAAGACCAUCCGCGUCCGCUGCUUGAACAACGGCAACAUCUCUUCCCGCAAGGGUGUUAACUUGCCCGGCACUGACGUUGACCUCCCCGCCCUUUCCGAGAAGGACAUUGCCGAUCUCAAGUUCGGUGUUAAGAACAAGGUCGACAUGGUCUUCGCUUCUUUCAUCCGCCGCGGUAGCGACAUCCGCCACAUUCGUGAGGUUCUGGGUGAGGAGGGCAAGGAGAUCCAGAUCAUUGCCAAGAUUGAGAACCAGCAGGGUGUCAACAACUUCGACGAGAUCCUCGAGGAGACUGACGGUGUCAUGGUUGCCCGUGGUGACCUUGGUAUCGAGAUCCCCGCCCCCAAGGUCUUCAUCGCCCAGAAGAUGAUGAUCGCCAAGUGUAACAUCAAGGGUAAGCCCGUCAUCUGUGCCACUCAGAUGCUCGAGUCCAUGACAUACAACCCUCGUCCCACUCGUGCCGAGGUGUCCGAUGUUGCCAACGCCGUCCUUGACGGUGCCGACUGUGUCAUGCUGUCGGGUGAGACCGCCAAGGGUAACUACCCCAACGAGGCCGUCAAGAUGAUGUCCGAGACCUGCCUGCUCGCCGAGGUCGCCAUCCCUCACUUCAACGUGUUCGAUGAGCUCCGCAACCUUGCUCCUCGCCCCACCGACACUGUCGAGUCCAUCGCCAUGGCUGCCGUUAGCGCCAGUCUGGAACUCAACGCUGGUGCCAUUGUCGUCUUGACUACCAGCGGUAAAACUGCUCGCUACCUUUCCAAGUACCGCCCCGUGUGCCCCAUUGUCAUGGUCACCCGUAACCCCGCUGCCUCCCGGUACUCUCACCUGUACCGUGGUGUCUGGCCCUUCCUCUUCCCCGAGAAGAAGCCCGACUUCAACGUCAAGGUCUGGCAGGAGGAUGUUGACCGCCGUCUCAAGUGGGGUAUCAACCACGCUCUCAAGCUCGGCAUCAUCAACAAGGGUGACAACAUCGUCUGUGUCCAGGGAUGGCGCGGCGGUAUGGGCCACACCAACACCGUCCGUGUGGUCCCUGCUGAGGAGAACCUUGGCCUGGCUGAGUAA